GCUGUGGUCCGAUAACGCAGAAGGAGGAAACAUCACGGCGGCUGAGACCUUUACAUCACACCUCGUUUUCUUCACACAGAAAGGAAUUAUUACUUAAUCUCUUUUACUCACCGUCCGUUUCUGCGUUCAAAAUGGUUGAUUAACACCACUUACGCACACGUUUGUCGCCUGAACUUAUCUGUGACUUCUGUCACAGUCACCACACACUCUGGAUACUGACCUACAGUGAAUUAAAUAGACUGCAAUGAUCUCAGAGAGAGAGAAAGCGCUCAUUGCAGAAAUAUGGGGAAGGCUGACUGUCGUGGCAGAAGAUAUUGGGUCAGAUGCGCUUCUUAGGAUGUUUACCUCUUACCCAGGUACCAAGACAUACUUUUCCCAUCUUGACAUCAGCCCUGGCUCCUCUCACCUACGCUCUCAUGGGAAGAAGAUUGUUCUGGCCAUAGCAGAGGGAGCCAAAGACAUAAGCCAGCUGACCGUCACCCUGGCUCCUCUGCAAACCCUGCAUGCCUACCAGCUCCGGAUAGACCCGACCAAUUUCAAGCUUUUCUCACACUGUAUUCUCGUCACCCUGGCCUGUCACAUGGGCGAAGACUUCACGCCGGUUGCACAUGCAGCAAUGGAUAAGUUCCUGUCAGCUUACGGAGCCGUGCUCGCAGAGAAAUACAGAUGAGAUCCAGCCAUGUGUUUUUAGGAUGUGCACCAUUAAUGAUGUUAUAUGACAUAUGACAAAUAUUUAUGAAUGUGUGGUUGUUAUUGUGCAAUGGUUUGUAUUAAUUAAGCUGUGCAAUGAACUGUUGUCUUGUUGUAUUAUCAUAUAGAAUAAGAAGAAUAAGGACCAAACCCGGACCAAACCUGUGGUUUUGAAUGUUUUAUCCCAUUAACAAAUGUUGUACUGCUGACCAUUUUCGAAGUACACCAUAAGUUAUUAAAUUAAUUGUAGUCAG